AUGGCGUCAACAGAUGAUAAAAUUGGCCUUUCAACGACUUCAGUGGUUGUAGGCAGAGAAAAGAAGAGGACUUCUCACAUGCCUACCGUCGAAGAUGAUGACGAGAGAUUGCUGAAUCAGAUCGGAUACACCCAAGAUCUCAGCCGCCAUUUCACAAAAUGGUCAACUCUAUCCUAUGCCAUCUCCGUUCUUGGAGUUCUUGGAUCAGUACCGGCGACUUUCGGUAGUCCGUUGAGCUUAGGUGGUCCAGCAUCCUCAGUAUGGGCAUGGUUUGUAGGAUCCUUGAUGGCAUGGACCAUCUCGUCGUCAGUUGCCGAGCUCGUCUCAGCAUAUCCAACGGCUGGUGGUAUGUACUUUGUCACCAGGAACGUCGUACCUCCUGAGCAUGCUGCUCUGUGGUCCUGGAUCAUCGGAUGGUGCAACUUUCUUGGUCAGACUGCUGGAGUUGCAAGUGUUGGCUAUACCGUGUCUCAGAUGAUACUUGCUGCUGCGAGCAUGAACUCUGGCUUUGAUGGAGAAUCAUAUGCAUACUCUCCAACACCCCUCCAAAUCGUCCUUCUCUCCAUCUGCAUCCUCAUAAUCAUCGGCAUAAUCUGCUCCCUCACCACUCACGCCCUGCACAAUCUCGUCAUCUGGUUCGCACCCAUCAACAUUCUCGCCUCAACAGCAAUCUGCAUCGCCCUGCUAAUCCUAACCCCCAACAAACAAUCCUUCUCCUGGGUCUUCGGCCACUUCACCAACGGCUCCGGCUGGGGAACCGGCUUCUCCUUCCUGCUGUCCUUCCUCUCCGUUGCAUGGACUAUGACCGACUACGACGGCACAACGCACAUGGCCGAAGAGACGCACGACGCCGCCAUACGCGGUCCUAUGGCUAUCCGCCACGCCGUGACGAUCUCCGGAAUAGUAGGCUGGAUGCUGACCAUCACCUUCUGCUUCUGCAUCCCCAACGAGCCAGACGGUCUACAAAGCAUGAUCAGAACUCCAACCGGUCUUCCAGCCGCUCAAAUAUUCCUCAACGCAGGAGGCCAGACCGGCGGGACCGUAAUGUGGUUCUUCGUAAUCCUAGUACAGUUCUUCACAGGAUGCGCAGCCAUGCUAGCAGACACCAGAAUGGCAUAUGCAUUUUCCCGCGACGGAGCCCUCCCAUUCUCCCCCUUCUUCGCAAAAGUGAACAAGUGGACAAACACGCCCAUCAACGCCGUCUGGCUCAUCGUAGCCUUCGCGUGCUGUCUCAACCUCAUCGGCAUCGGCUCCACACAGACCAUCGUAGCGAUAUUCAACAUCACCGCCCCAGCCCUCGACCUCUCUUACGCGUUCGUGAUCCUCGCGAGGAACUACUACGCUAGCAGAAUUACAUUUGUGCCGGGUCCCUUCACGCUUGGCAAGUGGCAGAAACCGCUGAAUGCCGUCUCGGUUACAUGGGUGUUCUUCAUUAGUGUGGUGUUGAUGUUCCCGACUGUGAGGCCGGUGACGAGCACAAAUAUGAAUUAUGCCGUUGCGGUGGGGGGCUUCAUUGCGGUGUUUAGUCUUGGGUGGUGGUGGGCGGGUGCGAGGAAGACGUAUACGGGGCCGAAGACGAGGGAUUUAACGGAGGUAGAGAGUCAGAACUCAGUGGAGGAGGAUGGUCGCGGGAGGGAUGGCAUAGAGUCGGACUGA